AUGUACGGAUAUGGCACCCGUGACUUCGGGUACCGCUACCGCGAGGACUACGAUGCUCGUGUGGACGAACACGACCAUUGGGUGGAAUGUGAGACCUGCCCUCGAGCAUUUCAGACCAAGCGUAGCUGCGAGCAGCACAUGGAUGCGCUUGGUCACUGGGCACCAGUCUUUGAAUGUGAAACCUGCCCCCGUGCCUUCUCUUCGCAGGCUUCUGCAAAUCAGCAUAUGAAUUCCAAGAACCAUUGGAAGCCAACAAUUCCCUGCGAGACGUGUUCUCAAAUGUUCCACACCCAUGAAGCUGCCGACCAGCAUAUGGAGGCCAAAGGACACUACAAGAACUACUGCGCCGAGUGCGAUCGGUGUUUCCCGAAUGAGAACUGCCUUCGCCAUCACCUGAAGUCGAAGAUCCACCAAGGCACUGGCGUCGUGUGCCCAUUUUGCAACGCUCACUUUGUCACUGCGAGUGGCGUCACCCACCAUGUCGAAUAUGGUACCUGCCCGAACGCUGCCAAGUGGAACCGAGAGACAAUCCACCACAUGAUGCAACGCGUCGACCCUAACGGGCUUGUCACAAACAAGCAGAUCGGAUGGCACAAUGACCAGAACGUACGCUACUAUGCCACAAACCGCGCCUUUGAUGGUACAAGCUGGGUGUGCUACCUGUGCCAAAGGGGUUUCAACUCGAUGGCCAGUCUAAACUCGCAUCUCAACUCGCCAUUCCACGAGGAGAAGAUCUACCAUUGCCUCAACACGCGUGGUGGUUGCAACCAAGAGUUUAUCUCUUUGGGUGCUUUGUUUAAUCACUUGGAGAGUGAGUCGUGCGGAUACAUCCGGUUCGGGGACGUCCAGAGAGUCCAUCGACGACUGAACGACGCUAUUCUUAACCGUAAGGUGAUCACUUCGCUCUGA